AUGACUUUUCAUAUUUAUGAUCAUGACUACAAUUUUACUUACUUAGCUAUAAAGUACAAGGAGAGUCAUAACUACGCGUGGAUUGCAAAUAGAGAAGAUCUAGUUGAGUACCCUUCGGGAGUUCUUACAUUGGAGACGAACAAUACUUUGCACAUUACUAGAGGUGAUGAUGAUCCAGUGCUGCUUUACUCUCCCGACUCGGAAACUAUCAAUGGUGAUGUUGUAGCUGUUCUUAAUGAUGAUGGCAAUUUUGUGGUACAAGAAGUGAGCUCUAAGAGGGUUUUGUGGCAGAGUUUUGAUUAUCCUGGAGAUGUGCUUCUGCCAGGUAUGAAGUUAGGGGUUAACCGUGGUAAAGGCCAGGAUUGGUCACUCUCGAGUUGGUUAUCUGAGAAAGCUGCAGUUCCAGGACCCUUCACUCUUGGUUGGGAUGGAAGCCAGUUGAUAAUUAAACGGCGAGGGAUGGUUUAUUGGACCAGUGGAGUGUUACGUGAUGGGAAGUUUGAGAAUAUUAAGCAGAAGAAGUAUAGUUAUAAAACUGUUUCAAAUGAGAAUGAAUUUUCUUUCACUUACUUAGCUGCAGAUCAAAAGGCUACACCACAAUGGCUGCUUACCACAAUGGGGCGGCUACAAGACUCUGAUCGAGGUGAUAUUGCGAAAGCGGAUUCCUUUUAUGGGUAUAACAAUAAGGAAGGAUGCCGAACGUGGGAUCAGCCAACUGACUGUAACCGUACUGGUGAUGUAUUCCAGCAAUACAAUGGUUACUUUAAUGAUGGAGGCUCUAGAACUGAUUAUCCGAAUGCAAGUCUCAGUCUUAGUGAUUGUAAGGCUAAUUGUUGGGCAGAUUGUCAGUGUAAGGGAUUCAGCUUCUUCUAUACUAAUCAGACUGGAUGCAAGAUUUGGAGUGGAGAUCGGAUGUGGAAUUCAGUCGAGACAGCGCAAGUUCAAAUCUUGUAUAUUAUCUGGAAGAACAGGAACCCGACGAGACGUCAGCAUCUGAUUGGAUAUGGAUUGGAGUUUCUAUUGGCGUUUCUGUACUUUUGGUGGUGGUUUGCAUCAUCUGCUGUAUAUUAA